UGAACAUCAUGUGGGGACAGUUGAUCAUUGCUCUAGCCUGUGCUUUGGAGAUUUUAGCGCAAGACUGCGAAGACCCGGCUAGGGCUGUGUAUUUGAACCUAACCAGCAAAAUGUAUGACAUUAACGGUACGCAGUACAAUGCUACUAAAUUUGAAGACCAAGCCACCGUGACAUGCGCAAAAGGUUAUCGCUUGAUUGGCAAACAUGACAACGCCCUCGUAAACGAAACAAUCAAUUGUAUGGAUACAGGAAAGUGGAGUCAAAUAGCUGGCUGUGAGAAGAAAGACUGCGAAGACCCGACUAGGGCUGUGUAUUUGAACCUAACCAGCAAAAUGUAUGACGUUUACGGUACGCAGUACAAUGCUACUAAAUUUGAAGACCAGGCCACCGUGACAUGCGCAUCAGGUUAUCGCUUGAUUGGCAAACAUGACAACGCCCUCGUAAACGAAACAAUCAAUUGUACGGAUACAGGGAAGUGGAGUCAAAUAGCUGGCUGUGAGAAGAAAGCACUGUGUUCUUCUGAAUGUCAAAACGGAGGAACGUGUGUAUCACCUGACGUGUGUGAGUGCCCCAAGGGAUAUAAUGGACUACGGUGUGAAAACGAAACAAAAAACUGUACUUUGGAGGCUGGACAAAAUGUGAACUACUGGCACAUGUCGACCAACACGACGCUGCCUGAGGGAGAAAAGCGGGAAUAUUGA